GCGGCGGGAAUGGAUUCCCGGGAGCUGCGGGAGCUGCAGCAGGAGGUGAUGGAGGAGCUGGGGAUGUCCAUGGAGGAGCUCCAGGAGCUCGUGGACAGGGAGCUGGAGAAGUGCGAGGGCGUGAGGGAGAGGAGGAGGGAGCUGGAGGAGCUGGAGAGGUGCGUGAGGGAGAAGGAAGAGGAGGUGGCUUGUGUGGAUCAGCUCUUUGAGGAUGCUUCCAGAGCCAUUGACAAGUGUGAGAGCCUCGUGAAGGACCUGUAUUCCAAACUGGGCCUCCAGUACCGGGAGAGCAGCUCCGAGGAUGAGGAGCUGGCUGCCAAAGCCAUGGAAGUGAUCGAGAUCCCGGAUGAGGACGACGACGAUGUCAUGAGCCUUGAUCCCGGCUGGAAGCACAACACAGGCACUGGGAGCUCCAGAAUCACAAAGGAUCAGACUCUGCUGCAGGAAGCCAUGGCUGCAAUCAGGAAGUCUGCCCAGGAUGUUCAGAAGUUCAUGGAUGCUGUGAGCAAGAAAACAAGUGCCCAGGAUGCACAGAAAGAUGCACAAAGCCUUCAGGAGAGUCCUGGCUCUGGCCAGCCCGCUGGCUCUGUAGCAUCGGGGGGGGAUCUCAGCCAUGAUGAAGAUCUCAACGUUGGCAUGAGGAUCCUGGGCAAGAAGAGAACCAAAACGUGGCACAAGGGGACUCUGAUCGCCAUCCAGAGAGUGGGUGCUGGCAAGAAGUACAAAGUGAAGUUUGAUAACAAAGGGAAGAGUUUGCUCUCUGGCAAUCACAUUGCUUACGACUAUCACCCUCUGCCUGAGAAACACUACGUUGGCAGCAGGGUUGUGGCCAAAUACAAAGAUGGGAACCAGGUCUGGCUCUAUGCUGGUAUUGUGGCCGAGACCCCAAACGUGAAGAACAAGGACAGGUUCCUGAUCUUCUUUGAUGAUGGCUACGCUUCAUAUGUCAAGGAGUGGGAGCUGUACCCAGUCUGCAGACCCUUGAAGAAGACCUGGGAAGACAUUGAGGAUGUUUCCUCUCGGGAUUUCAUCGAGGAGUACAUCACAGCCUACCCCAACCGCCCCAUGGUGCUGCUCAAGAGCGGGCAGCUCAUCAAAACAGAGUGGGAAGGGACCUGGUGGAAAUCCCGAGUGGAAGAAGUGGAUAGCAGCCUGGUCAGGAUCCUUUUCCUGGAUGACAAGCGCUGCGAGUGGAUUUACCGGGGCUCCACACGCCUCGAGCCCAUGUUCAGCAUGAAAGCCUCCACAGCCUCCACCCAGGAAAAGAAACUAAGUGGACAAGCAAGAACUCGUCCCAAUGUUGGUGCUGUGAGGAGCAAAGGGCCCGUGGUACAAUACACACAGGAUCUAACAGGAGCUGGUACCCAGUACAAGCCUUUAGAGCAGAUGCAGGCAGCCUCACAGGCUCCACGCUCUGCUUCUCCACAGCCUGCAGAGAUGGAGUACUCUGACAGUCAGCUGGCCCAGGCGAGGAAGCAAGUGGCCAAGAAGAGCACUUCCUUCCGUCCCAGCUCUGUGGGUUCUGGGCAGUCUUCCCCUUCUCCCCCUAUCCUCAGUGAUGCACCUCUGGGGGGCAGGACCAAUGCAGCCCAGCAGCAUCGGUGAGUCCCUUCCAACCCAACCCGUUCUCUUGCUUCCUUAUGUGCUUUCUGACGCCUCCCUUUCCCGCUGCCUGCCUCCCCCCCCAGCAGCCAAGCAGGCAGCAGCACCCACCAGGCCUUCCACGGCAUGAUGGACCGCGUGCCCAACGAGCCCUCGUACCGAGCCCCGCUGGAGAAGCUCUUCUACCUGCCCCAUGUGUGCAGCUACACGUGCCUGUCGCGCGUGCGGCCGCUGCGCAGCGACCAGUACCGCAGCCGGAACCCGCUGCUCAUCCCGCUGCUCUACGACUUCCGACGCAUGACGGCGCGGCGCCGCCUCAACCGCAAGGUGGGCUUCCACGUGCUCUACAAGACCCCGUGCGGGCUCUGCCUGCGGAGCAUGCAGGAGAUCGAGCGGUACCUCUUCGAGACGGACUGCGACUUCCUCUUCCUGGAGAUGUUCUGCUUGGAUCCCUACGUGCUGGUGGACCGCAAGUUCCAGCCUUACAAACCCUACUACUACAUCGCGGACAUUACCAAGGGCAGGGAGGACGUGCCGCUGUCCUGCGUCAAUGAGAUCGAUAACACCCCGCCGCCUCAGGUGGCCUACAGCAAGGAGCGCAUCCCGGGCAAAGGGGUUUACAUCAACACCAGCUGGGAGUUCCUCGUGGGCUGUGACUGCAAAGACGGCUGCAGAGACAAAUCAAAAUGUGCCUGUCACCAGCUGACUGUCCAAGCGACUGGCUGCACCCCAGGAGGACAGAUCAACCCCAACUCUGGAUACCAGCACAAAAGGCUGGAAGAAUGUCUCCCAACAGGAGUUUAUGAGUGCAACAAGAGGUGCAAGUGCAACGUUAACAUGUGCACCAACCGCUUGGUCCAACACGGCCUCCAAGUCCGGCUGCAGUUAUUCAAGACCCAGAACAAAGGUUGGGGCAUUCGCUGCCUCGAUGAUAUUGCUAAAGGCUCCUUUGUCUGCAUCUAUGCAGGGAAGAUCCUCACGGAUGACUUUGCUGACAAAGAGGGGCUGGAGAUGGGGGACGAGUACUUUGCCAACCUGGACCACAUCGAGAGCGUGGAGAACUUCAAGGAGGGCUACGAGAGCGACGCCAAGUGCUCCUCGGACAGCAGCGGUGUGGACCUGAAGGACGACGAGGACGAGAACACGGGCACGGAGGAGCAGGAGGAGUCCAACGAGGACAGCUCCGAUGACAACUUCUGCAAGGACGAGGACUUCAGCACCAGCUCGGUGUGGCGCAGCUACGCCACGCGCCGCCAGACCCGCGGCCAGAAGGAGAACGGGCUCUCGGAGACGGCCUCCAAGGACUCCGGGCCUGCCCGGCAGCUUCAGCCCGACGAGGCCCCUGUGGCUGCCUCCUGCAAGCUCCCGGUGUCGGAGGAGACCUCCAAGAACAAGGUGGUGUCGUGGCUGAGCUCCAACAGCAUGGCCGACGGCUUCCAGGACAAUGACAGCGCCUCCUCCUUCAAGAUGAGUGAAGGAGGGGAAGCCAAGGCCUGCAAAGGGGAGAUCCCAGGGGAAAGGGAGAAAACCUGCGCUGCUGCCCCGGGAGAUGUGGAUCAGGAGCUGAAGGCAUCAAAGAAAGAAGAACCUGAGGACGUAGCCAAAAUUCCCGGGCUGGGUGACUUGGGCAGGAUGUAUGGAUACAACCCCAGCCCUCCCAAGCUCGAGGGGAUCCGGAGGCCGACGAGCAGGACGGCGUUGCUGCAGAGCAAGCGGCUUUCCGGCACCCCCCAGCCCAGCACGGAUGUGCCCUCGGGAGCCAGGGGUCCCUUUGGCCAGGACGUGCUGACCGUGUCGAGCAGCACUGAGAGUGAGGGGGAGAACGGCCCCGCCGCAGCAGGGCAGGGCCAGGCCACCACCAACGACAGCGACGACAUCCAGACCAUUUCCUCGGGCUCCGAUGAGGAGGAGGGGGAUGAGAAGAAGAACCCGUCCUCGGGGUCAGGUCCCAUGAAGAGGCAGGUGGCUGUGAAGUCCACCCGGGGCUUUGCCCUCAAGUCAACCCACGGCAUCGCCAUCAAAUCCACCACCAUGGCCGCCGACAAGGGCGAGAGCGCGCCGGUGCGCCGGACCACGCGGCAGUUCUACGACGGCGAGGAGUCCUGCUACAUCAUCGACGCCAAGCUGGAGGGGAACCUGGGCCGCUACCUCAACCAUAGCUGCAGCCCCAACCUCUUCGUGCAGAACGUGUUUGUGGACACCCACGACCUCCGCUUCCCCUGGGUCGCCUUCUUCGCCAGCAAGAGGAUCCGUGCUGGCACGGAGCUGACCUGGGAUUACAACUACGAAGUGGGCAGCGUGGAGGGCAAAGAGCUGCUGUGCUGCUGCGGGGCCAUCGAGUGCCGCGGGCGGCUGCUCUGAGCCCCCCGUGCUCCUUCCCUUCCCGGUGGCCUCGUCAUUCCC